CAAGAAGAAUGGGGAUAGUAAGAUACUACUACUAGCUAAUCCCCCGCGUCACUCACAUAAUACUAGAUAUGCCAUGUUUUGAUUGCGAUUUCAUAUCCCAAAAAUGUGAUUGUAUCAAACGGGCAUAGCUCCUUUUAUGUAAAAAAAUAAAAUAAAAAAAUCUUAUGCAAAAGAAGUCCUACCUUGUUAUUGGUUUGGUUGGCCUGAUUUAUGAGAAGUCGGAAGGCGUGAUCACUGAUUCUGCGCCUUUUAGCUGAAAUCGUAAACUUAAGGCCAAAUUAUCAAAAAUCAUCUUCUUUGCCAAGUCAAUUUCGUUUAGCUCUGAAUCUGUUCGACCAAAUUCGCCAAUGGCUACCAUGCUCAGCUUCACGUCUCCGACCACACGCGCCGCCCAUUCUUCCCUUCUCCCCUUAAAUUUCCCCGCCCAAACUGCGCCGAAACUCGCAUUUCAUCGAAUCCCCAACUCUUCCUCGCUUAUUUUCCCUCCCAUAUCUCUCCGGCCACUACCCAAAUUCAGAGCUGAUAAAGUGCGCCGCCAUCAAAGCGUCGUCGUUUCGGCCCUCAGCAAACUGUCCGAAGCCGCCUCUGUUGCAGUCCCACCCGAAACCGAUGCUAUUAGCGAUGUAUUCCCCUCCAGUUCCGGUGUGUAUGCAGUUUAUGAUGGAAGCGAUGAACUUCAGUUCAUCGGUAUCUCAAGAAACAUCGCCGCCAGCGUUGCCGUCCACCGGAAAUCCGUUCCUCAACUCUGUUCCUCCGUUAAGAUUGGGGUUGUAGAUGAUCCAGAUCGAGCAGCUUUAACCCAAGCUUGGAAGACAUGGAUGGAAGAACACAUAGCAGCCACUGGAAAGGUUCCUCUUGGUAAUGAAUCUGGAAAUAAUACAUGGGUGCGGCAACCUCCAAGAAAGAAAGCCGAUCUGAGGUUGACUCCAGGCCGCCAGAUGAAAUUGACAGUCUCUUUGGAGGAUCUGAUUGACCGUCUUGUGAAGGAAACCAAGGUGGUGGCAUUCAUAAAGGGAUCUAGAAGCGCCCCGCAAUGUGGAUUUUCACAGAGAGUUGUUGGAAUCCUUGAAAGUGUGGGAGUGGAUUAUGAAAGUGUCGACGUACUGGAUGAACAAUACAAUCCUGGUUUGAGGGAGACAUUGAAGAAGUACAGCAAUUGGCCGACAUUUCCACAGAUUUUUGUCAAUGGUGAAUUGGUAGGUGGAUGUGACAUUUUGUCUUCCAUGUAUGAAAAAGGUGAGCUUGCAGAUUUGUUCAAAAACUAAAUCAUUCAGAUAGCUCUGUAUAAUUGGAAUAAACUCUCUUAUGACGUGAAGUUUUGGCCCUUUUUUUCAACUUCUUAAACCUGGUAAUAAAGUUUUCGUGAUGCUUACUGUUGUCAUCAGGUAGGGCUUAAUAUUUUUACAGCAUUACCUUGGUGUCGUUGCUAAUUGUAAAUCCAAAGCUGCUUCCACUUUUAACAUAAUAUAUGCAUCUGAAGGAAGGUGUAACAUUGUCAAAGACAAGGGAAUCAAAAACAAAGGACUACAACCAAUACUAAUUUUAGUCAGUUUGUUUUUGAGAGUAAAUAUUGUCGUGGCAGUUGUAACUUAUAAUCUUAUAUCCUAAAAAGACAUUUCGCCAUUUGUGCACGUCUUUAGUUUGAAUGUUUGAUCGUCAACUAGCAGCACACAAAUGCUACUGUGGUAAAAUUAGUUAGAAAAAUGAGGUUGGAC